GAGCAGGUCAAAAGAAGCAAGAUGGCGGACUGAAGUCUGCACUUUGACUUUGGAGCGACGGAGUGUGACCUGAGGUGAAGAUUGAAGACGUGAUAGAAGAUGGACGACUACUGCUAUGCUAAGAUGGCGACGUCAUGUCAAAGAGAACAUUCCAGCAAAUCACCAAUGGAAAUAAAGACCAAAUAUGGAGACGUCCAGCAGACGAUUGGUCAUUCAGAACAACUUCCUCCUCGGGCAAAUGAAGAGGGCGACGCUUUUAACCAAGAGAGUCCAAGGUCGCCCCACAUUAAAGAGGAAGAGGAUGAAUUCUGGAUAACACAGGAAGCUGAUUACACCAACUUGCCACUGACUAUCAUCUCUGUGAAGACUGAAGAUGAUGAAGAGAAACCACAAGUAGACAACCUCCUAGCUCCACUAUCAGAUAGUGAGGCCCAAGACAACGUUGAAAAACCUUUAAGCAGCGAUACAGACUGUGAAGUUGAUAUGAGGACUCACACUGACGACAAACAUUACAACUGUUCUAAAAAGACAGUUAAAAAACAUUUUAACUGCUCAAUUUGUGCUAAAAGCUUUACUAAAAAGAGCAGUUUUACGCAACACAUGAGAACACACACAGGGGAAAAACCAUUUGAUUGUUCAUUUUGCGGCAAAACAUUUUCCCAAAAGAUUAAUUUGACAGCACACAUGAGAUCACACACUGGAGAAAAACCAUAUAAUUGUUCAGUGUGUGGUAGAAAUUUUUCCUAUAAUACCCAUUUGACAAACCACAUGAGAACGCACACGGGAGAAAAACCAUUCAGCUGUUCAGUAUGUGGGAAAAGAUAUUCUCGGAAGAGUGAAUUGAUAAUACACAUUAGAACGCACACGGAGGAGAAACCAUUCAUUUGUUCAGUCUGUGGUAGAAACUUCUCUCAAAAACAAACUUUGACUGCACAUAUGAGAACACACACGGGAGAAAAGCCGUUCAAAUGUUCCAUUUGUGGUAAAAAAUGUUCUCAGAAGACCAAUUUGACAGCACACAUGAGAACACACACAGGAGAAAAACCAUUCAACUGCUCAGUCUGUGAUAAAGUUUUUUCCUAUAAAAUCCACUUGACAACUCACUUGAGAACACACACAGGAGAUAAAACAUUUAAUUGUUCUGUGUGUAGGAAAGGCUUUUAUCGUAAAACUGAUUUAACGAGACACAUGAGAACACACACUGGCGAGAAGCCAUUUCAAUGUUUAGUUUGUGGUCAAAAUAUUUCUCAAAAGGCUUAUUUGACAGCACAUAUGAGAACGCACUCGGGAGAGAAACCAUUUAAAUGUUCAGUUUGUGGUCAAAAUUUUGCCCGCAAUAGCCAUCUGACUGUACACAUGAGAACACACACAGGGGAAAAACCGUUUAUUUGUUCAAUUUGCAGUAAGAAAUGUUCUCGCAAGAGUGAUUUGACAGCACACAUGAGAACGCACACAGGAGAGAAACCAUUUGAUUGUUCGGUCUGCGGUCAAAACUUUGCCCGAAGACAAUAUUUGACUGGACACAUGAAAACACACACAGGAGAAAAAAGCUUCAAUUGUUCAGUUUGCGGGAGAAGUUUUUCUCGCAAGGAAAAUUUGGCCGGACACAUGCGAACGCACACUGGAGAAAAACCCUUUAAAUGUUCGGUUUGUGGGAAAAACUUUGCUCUCAAGACUCAACUCACAGGACACAUGAGAACACACACCGGAGAUAAACCCUUUAAUUGUUCAGCUUGCGGAAAAAGCUUUUAUACCAGGCGAGGUCUGAGGCGGCACACACUGAAACACGCAAUUGAACAAAACUAGUAGCUCGUGUAUUAUAAGAACCAUGCCAGACAAUAAUAUAUGUUAGAACACAAAAACACACACCGGAGAAAAAAUGCGAGUUGUCCAGUUUGUGUUACAAAUUAAACUUAAAAGAGCAAUUUGUUUGAUCAUAUGAGAGAAACCCUUUCGUUUCAGAGUUUUUCUGGAAAAAUGGCCCAACAUGUAAUGUAUUUCAGCAUGGAUCGAAUCAAAAUUGUCAGUGUUCAAACCUUUAUCCCAAAAUCGAGACGAUUCUUUAUUCUGUGUGCAAUUUAAUGUGUUAGCUCAGUAGUUUUCCAAGUUAAUCGAUUACAGCAAACUAAGCAUGGAUUUUUUAAUUAUUUUUUUUUAAUUCGCGAGUUAGAGUGAUGCUUAAAACCUAGCAGCGACACAACUUUGAUUUGUUGACAACUUGGAUGGUGUUUUCCUCGCCUUUUUGAAUUACAGAAGUGUACAACAAUGAUCAUGAAAUAUUGUUUUUUGUUGUGACAAUCUUGUGUAAUAGUGUUGAACGUGCACACAGAGUGUAAAUAAAAACUCACAAACAAGAGAC